GUUAUGAAUAAUAAAUGGGCUUGAAGAAACUCUGUUGUUAUAGUACCUAUAUAUAUUACAGGUGUUGACGUUGGAAAUUAAUGAACGUAUUGCCCUAACACAGACAAUGCGUCUACCGUUCGAUAUACCCAAUUUGAGGUCCACCACGCCAGGCUCUGUUUUCCAGGCUGGUGUACUUUACUUAAACCAUACUGAUCAUGGAUGGAAUCCGUAUGUUACUAGCUGGAUUGGCACUAGUGAUAAUGCAACCGAAAAAGCUGCUCUUCUGGUACUGUUAAAUAAAUAUGUGCCCAUCUGUUUGGAAGUGCUUAAAACGAAAUUCAAAAUCGUAACACCCAUACCGGAAAUAAUGCACAAACAAAUGUUGUGUACGUUACUCGAUUGUCUUUCGAGUCCCAUCAAUUGUCCGCCGGAAAUUGCUAGGGAUGUGUUCGGAACAUAUUUUGUGUUCGCUUGUCUUUGGGUGUUUGGUUCAGCAAUAUUUCCAGAUCAGUUGAUUGAUUGGCGAGUUGAAUUUUCCAAAUGGUGGUUAUCAGGGUUUAAAACCAUUACAAUUUCAUCAUCAGGAAGUGUGUUAAAUUAUUUCAUCGACCCUGAACCAAAACAAUUUAUUCCUUGGUCAAAUCGUGUAUCAUAUUUCGAGCUUGUUCCAGAUACACGUCUACAAGUAAUAAUUAUAUUGUUUUAAUAAAAACAAUUAAAU